GACCCAAGCGUUCCGUGAAAUUUAGCACAUUCUCGCACUGUACAUGUGCACCAAAUAUUUUGGUUUGUUUUGUAGUUACUUACACUCACUCCUUUCGUUGCCAAAAGUCAUUGAGAAACUGACUGAGAAAUGAACGUGAGCGCGGACUUCCAGCCGGUGGCCACGCGAGCGGCCCUGGCGCUGCAGAAGAGGCAGGCGAGCAGUGAUUUUCAGGCGCUGGUCUUCCAGGAGCCACAGGCGGCCGCCAAGAGUGGCUCCAGAAAGGAGGAUGGCUCCAAAUCGCCAACCCAGAAGAAGCCCCACAGCAAGAGCAAGGAGGCCGGCAUCGAGCUGCACCCCGAGUUCGACAUCAAGAAGGCGCGCCACGAGGUGCUGAACUUCGCGAUGAGGAACCAGCGCGUCAUCAAGAACAAGGCGAAGAUGGAGAUGUUCCAGCUGGUGAAGCUGGGCGCCAAGCCGCUGCGCAAGCAGGCCAAGAACUACAAGGAGCUGAAGGACGAGCGCCAGCGGCUGAGGAACAUACGCGAGGAGCGCAAGAAGUUCCACCAGCUGGGCAAGAACCAGGCGGGCGCCGCCAGCGUCCGGUGCCGCAGCAAGUCGCAAAAGGAGCGCAACGCCAAGAAGCGGGCGCCCGUCGCCCAGAUCGAUCAGCACUACGGCAAGGCGCAGCCCAAGUUCAAGACGCGAAAAUAGUUGCUAGGCAGUAGAAUAAUAAACCUAAGCUAGUUGCAUUUCUUUAAUAGUUUCAAAACACAA